UUGAAGAACGUUUUCAGCUGUAACUCGGUUAAAUUAUUUUUGAAAAUGUUCAAAUUAAUUAGUGUUAUCCUCAUUGUAAAGGGUGUAUUUUCUCUGGUGGGUUGUGCCAAAUUACCUCUGAACGAAACUAAAUUCUUUCCCAAUUAUGAUAAUGUCGACUAUGGCCCAGAAAUGGCAGGUGGUUAUUUGGAAGGAGAUAUUCUUCCGGAUACCACACGAAAUGGUCUACCCGAAUUGAAGUGGCCAGGAAAUACCGUGAAAUAUGUGUUUUGUGGUGAUUUCACUGCUGAACAGAAGAAAUCCGUCAGACAAUGCCACCGCAUGCUUUCCAAUCGCACCUGUUUACGUUUUGUCGAAACAACAAAAUCCGAUUUCGGUUAUGUAUGCAUUACAAACGAACCGAAUGGUUGCUGGUCCGCACUUGGCUAUCGGGGCACAAAGUCGCAGAACAUGAAUCUUGGACCAGGCUGUCUGAGAAAUGUCUAUAUAAUUUGUCAUGAAUUCAUACACGCCUUGGGCUUUAGUCACGAACAUAACUCGUAUAAUCGCGACGAUUAUGUCAGGAUUCGGUUCGGCAAUAUAAUAGAUGGUAUGAAAUAUGGUUUUACCAAACGCGUUAAUUCGAAGGAUUGUAGGGUACACUUCAAUAAGGCUAGCAUUAUGGCCUAUGGACCACAUGCAUUCUCAAAAAAUGGAUUCGAGACAAUAACACCUCGCGAUGGCGUCUACACAGGAAUGGGUCAACGUAGAAGGAUACCAGAAAGUGACUUUAGGAAAAUUAAUCGAAUGUAUUGCUACAAUAAUUGUACGUCCACCCUGAAUACUAAGGCACCAAAGAUUAUAAAAUUAUCAUCAUAGAAAUAAAUGAAAUGGAAUGGAUAAAG